GAGGGGCGGGGCAGGAUGGAGCCGCCGCCGGGGUCCGUGAGCGGCCCGGGCGGCCCCGGGCCCGCGCUGCGCUCCGAGAAGACACGGGAGCUCUCCGAGGUCGUCUUCAACAACCACAGCCCCCGCCACGUGCUGCCCGUCUGGCUGGACUUCGAGGGCCUGCCGCAGGGCUACCCGGUCCUGAAGCCGCGCACCGGACGCGUCAUGCGCAGCUACCGCGGGCACCUCUGGCUGUUCCGAGAUGCAGGGACCAACGAUGGGCUCCUUGUCAACCAGCAGGAGCUGUUUGUGGUAGCCCCCAACGUGACCAAAGCUGACAUCACACUGCCAGUGUUCACCCUGAAGGAGAGAUGUCUGCAGGUCGUGCGCAGUCUGGUCAGCCCGGUGGACUACAGGAAACUGGACAUUGUUCGGUCAUUAUAUGAAGAGCUGGAGGAUCAUCCAGAUAUUUCAAAGGAUCUUCAGCGGCUUUCUCUGGAGAGGAGUGAACCGUUGAGCAGUGGAAUUCUGGAAUAACAUGAUUACUCACUUCAGACUCUUCAAUAGCAAACCACCGAGUUUGAGCAGCGAGAGUCACCAGGAAACACACCAAGAACCGAUGCUUCCAUUUCAAGUUCUGGAACAUAAACUCAGUUAGGUUGGUGAUGGCAAGUCAGAUCCCAAAGACUGAACAGCACCUGGAGUGUGCCAGCUUGUGAUGGUUCAGGUUUGUUCCUCGUUACGUGUAUCACAAGCUGACGGCUCCGGAGGCCUCGCGCGGAUGAAGCUCAGAAGUUUGGACACUGCGUAGGGAUGUAAGAUCAGGGCAGCUAUAUGGAACUUAUUCAUACAGAGCAACUCUCAUUGUAUUGGAAAGGAAAUUACACCAAGGAUUAAUUUAACCCAGACUAAUGGUUCUAAGUGGCAGAUCAACACCGGUUUUGUUUGAGUAAUUUGUUUUGAUGGAAUUUCCCUGUCAUGCAUGCCUCGAUGUGCCUGUGGGUCACAGCGUGGGGGGUUGUAUGUCAGGGUUUCCAGUACCACCUGAAGACCUGACAAACAUUAUGUUGGUGGAAAAAUGAUGUGUAAAGGCUUGGGGUUUUUCUGCCUCUUACCUUUGCACUUAUACAAACCCACGUUGUAUCUGCACUGCAGCUGACGCGUUUUUACUCAUAUCAUACCUUGAAUGCCUUAUUUGCCUUCAUGAUUGGAUUCUUGCCUGGCUGAUCUCAGCCACAGAGACCAGAUCCUAGUUUUGGGACACCUUUGUCCUUCGCAGCUGCUUUCCCAGCAGCCUGUACAGGGUUCACAGGAGGUAGAUGCUUUGAGUCCUGCCUCUUCCCAUCACAGUGCUGUGGUCCAAGUCAUAGUGGGGGGCCUUUUUGGGCUUGUCUCCUCAGGACCAACAGGGGCUGUAUGGGCUCACACAGCCAGUUCACAGGCAGGGCCAUGCUUUGUGGCAGGCUGGAGAAAGAGAGAUAGCAUUUCUUUGCCCAUAUUCUGUCCCCCACACCUCAGUGAAAUGUGUCCUUGUGUGAAUGCACAGAGUUGAAAGCAGCAUAGUUUCAGCAGACACAUGAAUUUUCCACCAGUAACAGAUGUGGUGCUGCUCAGGUAGAAGCAGGCUGGCAGGAGAUCACAGCAGGUUAUGUCUGUGCAUACAUUUGUUUGCAGUUGUACAUUCUGGGAGCAGCUGUGAAACUGAGAAUCUCAAUGUAUUCUGUAAGUAUGGAAUGUCUCCCCUAUUUGUUGACUUGUCUUUCUUACGUAUUUGAAGUGUAUGAACUGAUCUUUGACAUAAAAAUCCACACUACCUUUCUGACUGAUUCUGUCAGGUACCUCACAGUGCCUGUGUGUUUGUAUCCCUGUGAUACUUGGACAGUCGUGGUUGAUCAGUAACAGGCACUUUGGACUGUACAACCUGCCCAGCCCAUUGCUGCAGGACUGUGCUGUGGCUCACAAGACCUGUCAGCACAGCUUUGGGCAGUGUCUGGGCAGAAGGAGUACAUGGCAAGUUCUGCUCUUACCACCUCUCAUAGAUCUCUGAAGGGAAAGGGUGCCCAUAUGGGCCUCGGGAGCAGACAGGUCAGUGCCCCAGGGAGGCUGAGGGUGGGAGGGUCUGCCCUGCCCAUACCCAGGAGGAGGUUCCCUCCUGAGGCCUUGCACUUCGAUGAGCCUGGCAGUUCCACUGGGCCCUGGCAGAAAAUUGGCCUGCUUGGCCUUAGCUUUUCCUGUAACAGAGUUGGCAUUAGAUGUUGGCUUUAACAGAUCUGUACGUGGCACACACGUUCUGGGUAUUUCUGAGCUGGCUGGGGUCUGUGAUCUCGUGUUGCUUAUUAGAGUGUAUUUUUCUGUUCUGGAAUGCUCCUUUGGGUCAGAAUAAAAGGCUGGAGAAACCCCAUGUGGCUCUAAGACAUGAACAUUGGGAAAUGGAGCCUCCUACUAGUUACUCAGCUGCAUUAGCAAUAAAUGAAUGUCGUCAUUGA